AUGACAAAAAAAGAAUUUAGCCCAGAAGAUUUCUUAACAAGAGCUGAAAAGAUACAGCAGUUGCAGUUUCCAGCAUCCAACAAACAAAGAGUUAUUGUUUUACCCAAUAACGAAGGUUUAGGAUUUAGAAAAACUUGCUAUAAAGAUGAUUUAGUUGGAAGAAUAGAUAAAAAAACAUUUGAUGAAACAAUAAUUUAAGCAAACAAAAUAUGUGAGACUACUUGGACAAAGAAAAAAUGUGAGGAAGAAGCAGAGUAUUAAAAAUCUUUAAAAGUGAUUUUAUAUAUAGCUAUUUUUGUUUCUUUGAUUUCAUUUAUUCUUCUAAUCGUUUUGGUUUAUGGAAAUGGUGAUUAAAACCUUCUUUGGGCAAGCAUUUGCUUAAUUUGCGUUGCUGGUGGUCUUACGUUACUAGUAGUUAUAAAAAGUUUGUUUUCAUAGCCUACUUUUAUUGAUUUAGAGCAGAGUAUUCUUCAAUAAUUAAACAACUACUUUGAAUAAUAAAAUAACUAAACAUAUGAAAAAAGAGGACUAAAAUGGGAAGUUCAUGAGAAAUUUUAUUGGUUAACCCUUCAUAUAAAGUGA